AUGCAAUCGAUUUCACGUGUGUUUCGAGGUCGACAAAAUGCAACAGGUUAUCAGUCAAUAUUGUUAUCAAAAAUAAUAACAAAUAAAAGGAACCAAUUCAUUGUCAGUAUUUCUUCAUCUUCAUUUUCAACAAGUCGAACAACCAAAAUGGCUGCACCCGGUGAAAAAAUUGUGCCAGUUGAAGAGGUAAUCAUUUUUUUGUCCACUGUGAAUAUAUAGACACUAGAACCUUUGCGUACGUCCAAAAUACUGUCAUAAAAAGAAAAAAAAGAAAAAUAUUGUCGAACCAUUUAUAUUAAAAUGACCUUUAUUAUUUCGACUUUGACUUGCUUUUCCUUUUUAAAAUAUAAAUCAAAUUGAUCCCAUAAAACUAUGGUCCCAGAAAAAACACAUAAGUUAUGUUUUGGCCUUGUGUAAAUAUUGCCCUAUGCCAGACAUCAAAUUAUCAUUUCUUCCUAACAAAACACAAAAGAUCAAGAAUGUAUUUAUUUAUGCAGAAAAUUGGAAAAAAGUAAGGUUUUAAUUUCAGAUGCGUCGAUUCAUGAUUGAAUCAAUGACUACGGUUGGAACUACAGAAUCACAUGCAACACAAUUAGCAAAUGUAUUAUUAGAAGGGGAUAUACGAGGACAUUAUUCACAUGGAUUAAAUCGAUUAGGUUAG